AUGAUUCAUUUCCCUCUGAUACGUCUGUUGAAAUGCACUGCCGCCGGAUCUGUAUUUUGUUCGGUGCCAGUUUCACGUUUAUUAUCGAAUGCUGCUGCCAAUGUUAAUACAGAAUAUGGAAUUACAAAUAUUCAAGAUGAUGAUGAUUUUACUAAUCGUGUAUUAAAAAAUCAAGCACCUGUUCUUGUUGAUUUUCAUGCUAAAUGGUGUGGACCUUGUAAAAUCUUAGGUCCAAGAUUAGAAAAUGUAAUGAAAUCGUAUAUGAACUCUGUGCUACUCGCUAAAGUUGAUAUUGAUCAGUUGGAUUCUAUUGCUUUAAAGUAUAAGGUUAGUGUUGUGCCAACAAUAAUAUCUAUGAAAAAUGGCAAAGAAAUUGAACGUUUUGAAGGAGCCAAAGAAGAAGAAUUCAUUCGACGUAAAAUUGAAACUAUGCUAGCAUAUAAUGGCUAAGAAAAAGAAAAAAUAUACACUCAAUGUGUGCCUGUGCGUGUGUGUGUGUGUAUGUUGUACAUGAUGAUGAUGAUGAUGUAAUUGGGCAUGCCCAAAAACGCUAAUUUUUCAAAACAACACUGAACUAAUCAAUCAAUCAAUCAAUCAGUUAGUAGACUUCUUUAUCGCUUAUUACUUCUUAGUGCAUUUUCUAUAUAGUAUGUGUUUUAUCUGUGCAUAUGACUGAUUGGUACCAUACACUUACUUAUACAUAUACAUAUGUCUAUGAGAUUAGUAAUAAU